AUUUUACAUACAUAUAUUGGCCUUUCAACUUCAAAGUUUAUGAGAUGAAAACCAAAAAAAAACUUCUCUGGUUAGUCAAUGUCUGAUUUUUCUGCCGUUUGAUUAUAUUUUUCAGACUGGAAGUUAUAUUACUUUGUGUUUCCCAAACAACUUUCCUUCAAGGAUAUUUUCAGCCUUCCACACUAAAAGUAGGAUGGAUUCGUUCAUCACUAGCAUAACGGCUGAUAUCUGAAGCUCACCGACCACGAAACUCAAGGCGAUAAGAAAAGAUUUAAGGUGUAAAACCUAAAGUCUAAGUCUUUCUUGAUUCUUUCUUACUUAGAGUGUGAUCAUUGAUUCAUUGUGGCGGAAUUUGAAUAAUAUAUAGGUAUAUAUAACAUAUUAUCAAUAUGUAAACUGGAGGACUAUGUCAGAAGUUAGUGAAGAAUAGCAUGCAAUUUUCUUUAGUCAUGUCCUCUCAAUGUCAAAUCAAUUGCUCAAGGUUGAAUGGAAUUCAAAACAGUACUUAAAUUACAUGUACUGAUGGAUUUGUAACUGUAGAAGAAACAUUAUCAUGUGAUAUCAUGUGAUAUAUAUGUGAUGCGCUUAUCUACACCUUCAGUGUAAUAAAGUGAAGUCUAACUUUAUCGAGAUAUAAUAUGAUUCAACCACAGUACACAUGACAUGAUGUAAAUCUAUAUCUAUGCUGCAUAAAUCUGGAGCAUUGAUAGAAAUAUUUUACUUGACCUCCGGUAUUAGCGCUUUUUACUGAGAAAAAUUCUAAGCUAUUAAAAGGCUCAUUCUUUUGGAUAGUAAUAUAGUUGUCUGGUUGAAGCUCAUGAGUACUGCCAAAGCCAGAAUAUUCAAUUCAACCUCAAUCACUUUUAGAAUAUGGAUCUCAAAGUUUAUCAGUUUAUGAAUAGAGAAAGUUCAUAGAACUAUCAGUUUGGGUAGCCUUUCCAAGAUAUUUAAAUAAUAACAUAUCAGUCACCUUAAAGGCUUAAAUGUGUGAAUUAUGUCUAUCUUGAUGUAGAUGUGGCUGUAGAUAGCACUUUCAGAGCAAUUUUCAUUUUCUGUUUUAUCUUGGUUACCUACAUGUAUUAACUGCAGUUUUUUUUUUAAUACUUAAAUUAUAGGAAAGAAAGAUAACCAUGUUACUUCCAUUUUGUUAUGUUGUAAAUAUUCGAAAAACCAAUUUUUGAUUUUUAAUGAGUCAUGAAGAGUUGAAAUCGAAAUUCUUCCUUCACUGAUUAGAGAUUGUGGUAAAGAAGAACUCAUUCACUGUCAGAUCAAUCAGACUCUUCAUGUAGCUGUCCAUCAGGAUAGGUUUAUUACGGUAUCUUGGUAUAGUACUGGGAAUAUUCUAAAUCCCAAGUCUUGUCGAGAUAUUAAUUAUAUUUGAUCCAAUAGAUACUUCUUUUCUCGUCCAUGACUUAAGUAGAUGUAAGUUACAGUUUUUUUCACGUCACAUCAUGUUACCAUUCUUGCGUACGAAACUUUUAGGACAACCUUUACAUUUGACUAAAAGAAUACAGAAAGAUGAAUAGGCCUUGAAGAGUUCAUUCGUAAGUAGUUGGCAAAUACAUCUGAAUUCUUCCAUCAUUGAUUAGAGAUGGUAGUAGUUUUGAACUAGUUCACUGUCAUAUCAAUUAGCCUCUUGAUGUAGCUGUCCUGAUGGACAGCUAUGGAUGGACAUCACAGUGUCGUAACAGAUCAGAUCAGAUGUAGAUUCUAGGAACAUUCUAGAUUCCACUAUAUUCGGAGGUACUCAUUUUUCAACCAAUAGAAAUCCGACUUUUCUCCUCCAUGACUAAACUAUAUUUUUACGUCGAAUCAUGUUACCAUUAUUCUAAAAAGAAAUUUCGAAAGAUAUGCAUCAUAUGAAGGAAUAUAGAAAUAAUAACAGGCCUUGAAGAGUUCAAGUGUGAGUAGGUUGGCAAAACAUAUCAAACACCCCUUACUGUGUAUAUAAGCAUAGGUAAGGAGGAGGUUCAUCACUUCAAACAUCGCCUCCCUCUCGGUCUCUCUGUCUCUCUCUCCAUCCAUACAUCUCUCUGACUUCGAUCCUCAGUAAUUGCAAUUGUCAGAAGGAUGACUUCUCCAGGAUUAGUGCCGAUGCAUUUUCUGAAGAAAACUUCUUGGACAUUUUAUCUGAUCAUUACAUUCUUCAGCUUGGCAGCUGACACAACGACCGCGAUUCAGAUAUCGAAGCAAUGGAUGAUUCCAUCUAGUUUUCAGCAACUUCUACCCAUAAUAGCAGCAGAUCCUCAUGCCAUCAAGCACAUCCAAAGGGGAGAAUUGUUUGGCAGUCAGGAGGAGGUGCUUCGGUUCUGUGAAGGAGGUGGAUUGGUAUGUGAUGCCGACACGGAUGAUAUCUAUCAGUCAGCAAUAUGGUACUACUAUAGAGGUGGUAAGAAGAUAUCUAAGUUGGAGACCACUGAUAUGAAUACUGCCAUAAACCCCCGGCUAGCUACUUUCAUGAGGCAAUUCUACUUUUUCGAGAAGGAUCUGCCCGCCUUAGUCCUCCGAGCAAACUUUCUUCAGGCUUUGUCAAAUGAUUCAAGUCAAGCCCGUUAUCUUCCAAAGUCGGUUGUUCAAUUGCUGUUGUCUUCAACUCAGAAUUUCAGUAAUGGCGCAGCUCCUGCUGUUUUGCACCAUUUUCAAAUUAGCAGUGACUCUGAGAUGGGGAAGACUGUUAGUGGAACCAUAGAAGCUUGCAGUCCUACUAACAUGGUGAAUCGAGCUGUGGAAGGUGAAGUUCGUCGUUGUUUGUACUCCAUGGAGGAUUUGAUAGACUUUGCCCAGAACGCUUUAAAUGCGACACCUGAUCGUACCCGUCCAGCCAAGCUGCAGAUCGUGGACAGUGAGCCUUUCGAAACCACUUUGACCGUACAGGAAAUAUUCAAGGUGGUCAAUGUGGAACUGAAGAGUGACGAAGACACUGCCAGCCUGAACUGUCAUACUCUGGGGUUCCCUUUCAGAGUUAACAUGUGCCACAUGCUGCCCAAGACCAAGGUCUACGUGGCUACUCUGGAAUCUACUGAAAGACCUGGUUACGUCAUCAAACAUCCGGCCAUAUGUCACAUGAAGACCUCUGGGUUUGGUGCUGAUCAAGUGGGAUUCAUGGCCUUGGGGACCAAACCUGGUGAAAGCGAGAUUUGUCACUGGAUGGAGGUUGGGGCUUUCGCCGUUGUCCAAGUCAAGGAGUGAUAAAGUCUUCAUGCAAAGCACGGGCCUGGGCCUAGCGGCAAGUCUUGAUACAUCACUCCCAACUUGCAAAUAACACCUUGCAAUAAUGCUCACUGAAGUGAGCUACGUUCUUCCCAACAAUGCUCCCUCAAGUGUUGGAAACAUGAUCAUAAUUGGAGGACGGUGUGUAGUGACUUGUUGAGCACCUGUUCGUUCAUGUCAGUCAUCUUAUGUAGAGGCUACCAUGUUCCCGGCACAAGAUGGUGGGUUGCGGAAAAAUGUACUGAUUUAUACUUUUUUGUGUGUUUCAUUUGAUGAAUAAAACAAAAAUGCAUCAUGCUUGAGUAAAUU